AUGAUUUCAAUACCUACACAAUCAUCUCAAACAUCAAUUUCUUAUAAAUUUAAUCAAACAGAAAUUUCUUCUAUUUCAUAUCAUAGUAAUAUUAGUAUACAUAAUUUAUCUCGGCCUGAUUUAAAUAUUGAAUAUACGUAUAAAAAUAAAUUAAAAUCAGGAAUAAAAUGGUUAAUAGAUCCAUUUCAACAAUGUUGUUUAUCGAAAACAAGAAUUCAUAAAACAUCUAAAUAUCUAUUUGAUUCGGAAUGUUUAAAAACAGAGUUUAAUCGAGUUAAUCAUCUAUUAAAAUAUUUUACUUUUGGUGUCAUGUUCACCAAUGGCUUAUUAGGUUUUAUUGUAUUUUUCAUUGGUCUAUGGAGUUCAUUUGAACAUCGUAAAAUUAGUCAUAUGCCAACAACAAAUACAAAAGAUACAACAUCAUUAAAUCCAUUUAAUUUAAUUGGAAUUAUUCUUUGCAUAUUUGGUUUAUUAUUUUUUAUUUUAUGUAUAAUAAGUUGUUUAGGUAUUAAUCGUGAAAAUUUAAAUCUUCUUCGUAUUUCACUUAUUGGUCAAUUUUUAACAUUAAUUUUUUUUUUCAUAUUUGCUAUUAUAAUAUUAAUAUGGGGAGGAAAAAUUCGUCAUAAAAUAGCUUAUGCAAUGAUGAUUGGAUUAAAACAACAUUAUCAUAUAGAUAAAGCAUGGACAAGUUUUUUUGAUAAACUUCAUUUAAAUUAUUUUUGUUGUGGUAUGUAA